AUGAAUAAAAAUCGUUUUUUUGCAGACGGAAAUUCUUCGUCAAGCGAAGAAAGCAGUGAUAAUGAACAACAAAUAAAAGUUCAAACAAAAAAAUCUUUUGCAAAGUCAUAUUUUAUUACCAAUGAUAGUAAUGAAGAAAAUGUUAAACGUAUCGUUCGAAGUGAAAAAGAUAAACGAUACGACGAAAUAGAAGAAUAUAUUAAAAAAAUUAAACAAGUCAUACGCAUACGUGAUCUUAAUCAAGUUUACGAAUGUUUUGGAAAUUUAAUCAAAGCAUAUGAUAAAGCUCGUCGAGUAAUUGAAAAAGAACAAACAAUACCACGAUUUUAUAUAAAAAUAUUAGCGCAACUUGAAGAUUUUCUUAGUGAAUGUUGGAAUAAUAGAGAUGAGUGUAAACAAUUCAAUAAAAAGAAUUCAAAUAAUUUGAAAAAACUUCGUCAAAAAUUUCAUCAAUAUGUACAAAUAGAAUCAUUGCAAAAUGAAAUAAAUCUAUAUCGUGAGAAACCAAAUGAUGAUCAAUUAGUUGAAAUCAAUGUGACUUCAUCAAAUGAUGAAGAUCAACAAAAUAAUGAUAAUGAAGGUGAUUCAAGUGACGAGUUUUCCAGCAAAAGCAAUGAUAAUUCAAUUGAUAAUGAAUUAUUGAUUGAAAAAAAAGAAACUGAUAUGUAUGUUUAUUUUCAAAGACGAAAAACUGACAGUCAAAAUAAAACUACUACUAAACGACGAGCAGAAGAACGUAAACAUAUUCAACGUACUAAUGUAGAAAGCUUAGAAGAACCAAAGUUUACAGAAGAAAUUCCUAAACUUGAAAAAUUUGAUAAUGAUGAAGAAAUUUCAUAUGAAGAUAUUUUAAAAAAAUUAAAUGAAAUUCUUUCUAUACGUGGUAAACGUUCUACAAAUUAUCAUGAUCAAUUAGAAUACUUGAAUCAUCUUCGACAAUAUGUUAAAAAACGAAAUUUAACUGUUGAAAUUGAUAUUAAAAUUUUAUUAAUACAAAUUAUAAUUAGUUUCGAUUAUCAUCAAAAAGAAAACAAUUAUUUAAAUAUCCUUGAUUAUACUGAUGAAUUAGUAACAUUAAUAUCCGACAAUGAUCAUAUAGAUAUCAGUGAAUAUCUAAAGGAAGAAUCGAUAUUGUAUAAUCUUCAUGAUGAUGUAAUAACUAUUAUUCUUAAAAUAAAUGAUGAAUUUACAAAACUUUUACGAAAUAUUGAUCAUCAUAGUCAAAACUAUAUCGAACGAUUGAAAGAUGAAUUUCGUAUUUGCUCAAUAAUUAAUCGAUUAAAAAUUUAUUUCGAAUUAAAAUCUCAUGAUAAUAAUAAAAUUAUUCAAUCAGAACAUUUAUGUAAGAUUUAUUUAUGUUUUAUUGAACAUAUUUAUUAUAAAUAUGAUAAAACAUUUGAUCAAUCUUCUAUUGUAUUAAUGAAUCAUUUAUGUAAAUAUAUUUAUACGAAUGAAAAAUUAAAUCAUGUACAUACACAAGCAAAUCUUUAUCAUAUUUAUCAUUCAUCAUUACAUGAUCAUUAUAAUGAAGCACGUAAUUUAAUGUUAAUGAGUCACAUACAAGAAACAAUUCAUUUUUCAAAUAUUUCUACACAAAUUUUAUAUAAUCGAACAAUGGUUCAAUUAGGUUUAUGUGCAUUUCGUUUUGGUGAAGUACAUGAAGCACAUCAAAUAUUAAUGAAUUUACAACCAGGAAAUCGUAUGAAAGAAUUAUUAGGACAAAAUAUUCAUAUAAUGAAUACUUCUGAAAUCAAAGAACAACAACAUUUAUUACCAUAUCAUAUGCAUAUUAAUUUACAAUUAAUUGAAUGUAUUUAUUUAAUAUCAGCUAUGCUUAUUGAAAUUCCAUCUAUACGUAAACAAUCAAUUAGUAAACAUUAUCGUAUUGUAAUGUGUCAAGGUGAAAAACAACUCACUUUUGAAUCAAUGGAGACAAUGCGUGAACAUAUUCUUGCAGCUAGUCAUGCAUUAAAAGUAGCUGACUGGAAUACAUGUGUCAAUUAUUUAAUUAAUGAUAAAAUGAAUAAACAAAUAUGGAAUUUAAUGCCGCAAGGAAUAAAAAUAUUCGAAAUGCUUAUAAAUAAAAUAAAAGAAGAAUCAUUACGUAUUUAUUUAUUUACUAAUGCUACGAUAUUCGAUUCUAUUUCAAUACCAAGCUUAGCUGAUAUAUUUGAAUUAUCAAUUAAACAAGUGUAUGAAAUUAUUUGUAAGAUGAUUAUCAAUGAAGAAUUGAUGGCUUCAAUAGAAGAUUUAAAUCAAAUUGUUAUUCUAAAUCAAAACAGAUCGUCACAAAUACAAAUUCUUUCAGCUGAAUUAAUGGAAAAAAUCUUUCAACUAUAUGAACAAAAUCAAAAGUUGAAUCAUUUUUAUUCACGAUCAAGUCGACAACUUUUAAAAUAG